AUGCCGGCUGCUUGCAAAGCUAGCCAAUGCAAUACCAUGAGUGUGCCGCCUGUUGCGUGCACCUCAGCUCUGCCAGUGCAGCCUGUAACGUGCCCGGCCAGCUCCACCCGACCAGCUGCCACUCCAGUGCGGCCAUCCGACACUCCCUUCUCGCUGGUGCGAUUGGGCAUGGCCGCGCGGAUUGAGGUACUUCCUGCACACUUAGACAGGCCAGAGCUCCGAAACCGUCCGGUCAUGACCUUCAAUUGGGCUACUCAGCACCGUGCGGCUGGAGCUACAGCUGAACUCCGGCAACAGGACCGAUAUGCACUGUUUGACACUGCCAGCCACCUCAGUGUACGAAGACUUCCGGAGGGUUGGUGCAUCAAUGAUAUUGUAGCCGACAUCAUUGGCUCCCAACCACAGGUACGCUCAGUGCGUUUCCACAUGGACAGAUUGCCCCACCUUCCGGCUAUCCAAGUCACGGCAACCCUUAGAGGCGCAGAGCAAAGGGCAUUCACAGUUCCGCUUGACUUACGCACUGUGGAAGGCCGGAUCUGCACCAUUGAUGCCCCUAUUGGCUGUCGACCGGCAUUGCUGAAGGCUAUCUGUGUCAACAGUUGUGCAACGGGCCGCCUCCCGCGGGGCUUGUUUCACUUGGUUGCGCCAGACGGUUCCUUGGCAGCGAUCCCAGCUGAUCAGGCACCGCCCUUUGACUUUGUGCGCAGUACCCGGGAUGACCCCGCACCUGUUGGGGAGGAGCAGGAACAGGAGCCGGUGGUUUCAGAUGAAGAUGAUGAAGCCACACUCAUGCAGUUGCAUGCCGGUGUUCAUAGCCCACAUAUCACCAGUGCUAUGUCGACCGAUGAUGGAUGGAACGGCACGCGAGGCACAACUUGCAAAGUGUCUGUUGACCACCCUGUUCUUGAGCCGGUACAUCCCCCUUCAUUGCUUGCCAAGGCUGGCCCCCCACGGGCUAGCAUAUGGUUUGAUAAAACUCCGACAUACAAGAUUCUUCCAGAGAGAUGGGCUACCCCAGCACUUCUGCGGAUCCCUGCUGGGCAGUUGAAUCUGUAUUGUGCCGUGGAGGAAAACCAUGAUACUGAGCGCCGUUAUGCCCUGUUUGACCGGCUUAGGCACACCAGUGUGCGAAAGGCUGCAGCGGAUUGGACUCUGGAAGAUUACGCCGCGGAUGCGGUGAUGCCAGCACCGGAGCCGACUGCUAUCUUCCAGAUUGUCACCAUCGCAAUCGCGGGGCUUCCCACUCCGCAAUUCACCUUGACUCCAGCCGGAGUUCCGGCGGCAUCCCUUACUUUGCCUGUCGAUGCCAGGAACAUGGGAGGUCCCGUACUUGCGCUGUUGCUGCGUCCUGGAAUGCCCAGUAGCGAGGUCUUCGACAGGAUCGCCAGUGUCUUCCCUGCAGCGCGAUACCUGGUUGAUUUGGCUGCACCUCUUGAUGGCCUCUUCCUCCAAGAUGCUUUGGGCAGAGUCUGGGAGUCGUGGAUGACUGUGCGUAUUGACAGGACGGCCUUCCCAGGAGCACCACAGUUUGCGCCCACCUCUGCGCAAUCUCAAUGGGCAGGUACGACUUCGACAACGACAGCCAUGCAGCAGGCCCUUUCUUCGGGCACGCAUAUCUCCUUCGUGCUAGCAGGUGAGGGUACGUUGAUCAGGCUGGCCCCGCAGCCUGUGCAGCAAGUGAACGUGCAACAUUCUAUAGCAGAGAUGUUGCUUAUUCUUGCUCGACAAGGACGUAUGCCCAGGCAUCCCAUGAUCUCGAUAUGUACAUCAAUGCCACGUAACCCAGAGCGCCCCAAUGACCUUCUCGUUGGAUUUGUGCUGUACUCAAGUGCCACUGAGGCUACUCACGUUGCCAUACUCCAAGAUUUUUCGGCUGAUGGGACCAUGCUACAGGCCAUCACCGUUGACGUUGGCACUCGUUUAGAGCACAUGAUUGGCAGCGCGCAAUCCCGCAGGGGUUUUAUUCCGGUGCUCAACGGCGUUCCCAGAGCCGCAGCCAAUCGCAACCUUGUUACGGGGGAUCUGGUACAGGUUCAACUUCCACCCCUCACCGCUAGGGUUGUGACGGUGGCUCAUCUGUACUUCCUGCUCCCAGAGCUACGGCUCUUUGCGAUGCCUCUUAGCAUGCCAUCCAUGGCACCUGUCGUCAGGAACCCUCUCGAUCCGGGCUUCAUUGAGAGAGGACGGGACGCAGCCCGGCGUACUCUGCAUCUGCGUUCUUUGGAGCGACGCGUUAUGAGACAACCGGCGGCGCAUGGAGCCGUAAUCUGGGAUAAUGGCCAGCGAAGGCCUAGCUCAAGUGCCUCCAUAGGCACCGGAGGCACCUCCUUGGUGCAAAUACCUGAUGUCGCUCAAAAACAAGCGGCUCGAUGCAAGCAGCUUCGGGACAUCCAUGAGGAUCGAAGUCAUUGUCCCUGUGUGGAUGGCGCAUUGCAAUGCCCUCCUCCUCUGCCACUAGACGGCGCCAUCACUGCCACGAGCCACUUCUACGACGCUGCCCAUGCUUCUCAUAGUGAGGCCCCAUCCGGAGUGACUGCCACUCUUGGAGAGGCACCGCCCCGCGGCCACCAGCUUGAUGUGCAGCAACGUGAUUGCAUACCAACGCCGCUUGGAAGACGAGCUGUACGUCGGGCCCCAUCACAAACUUCCACUAUACCCCAUGCGAAGCCAGGCGAUUCCUCUUCCGGUGGCCUAGUGCAGACCCCCACCAUUGCGGAUGCACAUGAGCACCGAUCCGUGCGACAAGUUGUAUCGCUGGCUAGUUGCAUCCCGGACAGUGAUCGGAAGGCGUACUUGGAGAGUUCCCUUCAUCUGGGUUUGCCGGAGGAUGCAAUAGAUGUCGCCUUGGCAAGUUUUGACCUAUGCCACGUGUGCCAUGAUAAGCCUCAGGGGCUGAGCCUUCCGCAAGUCACAAGUCGCUUCCUCCACAGGCUGCCCCAGGCUAACCACCAUGCUGUUCCCACGGCCCUACUCAUGUAUGUUGACGGCUCAUAUGAGGCCGAAAGUGGAGCAUGGGCUGUUUGCUGCUUGGGUUUAGUUGGUGAUGAAUGGCAGUGGCUAGGUUACUUUGCAGAUGUUGUGCCAGCACAGGUUGAGAUCAGGUCUGCCUUCGAACCCGAGCUCUACGCACAACUCGUUGCUCUGGGCAUUGCAGCUCGUCUGGGCGUUCCCACUACGGUUUUUUAUGAUUGCACAUCCGCCGCAGUUGUUGCAACAGGUGGCGCUGCCACCAGCGCAGCCACCCCUCUGGCGCGAGCAGCUGCCAAUCUCUACAUGUAUUCAGGUGUGAGGGGCCAUUGGCCUGCCAUGCAACACGUGCGGUCGCACCAAGGUGACCCUCUCAAUGAGUUGGUAGAUCGGAUGGCGAAAGGGGCGCUCCGGAGCCCCGAGCUACGGGCACCCUUGGGUGAUAUGCACAUUGCCGACUAUGUGUGUCACCAAGCCUUUGAAUGGCUAUGGCUGUACCAUGUUCGAAAGCAUUCCACUGCCUGGCCCACGGUUGACGCGGUAGAAGCCAAGAUGCAGGUGCAGGGAGUCCUUCGUUUCUCGGGCCCCAUCCUGCAGGGACAGCUGGGAUGCCAAAUCUGGAUUGACCCUCGAUCAGGGCCAUGGGUUGCCUCUGCGUUUCGAGUCACCUUUAGGCACCCCCGAAUGCUGGAGGUCCAGGCGAGGCUAGGGGACCAGCCCCUCACCAUCAUCUCUGGCCAUUGUCCGACUGCCGCUUCACCGGAGGUUGAAAGGCAAGAGUGGUGGCGCAUGCUGCGAAGCCGCCUUCUGGCACUCCCCCCGGGACAUGUCCCGCUGUUACUGCUGGAUGCAAACGCUCGUUUUCUUUGGCAGGAAGGUUCAGAGGCCCCCAGCAAUGACAAUGGCCGCGAGCUUGACCAGCUUGCUGAUGAAUUUGGCCUCCGUCGCACUGCAGCGCAUGAACCGGACGGGACUCCACGCAUUUCCUGGCAGCCACCUGCGGGAAGCUAUGCGUCUGGGGCAUGCCUCGACUAUGUGGUGUGCCGAGACGAUUGGUUUAACCAGCGAUCGGAGCAGGCCCUACUGCCGAUCGAGGAUGUCCAAGCUGGCAUCGACCAUACUCCCAUCAUGGCAUCAUUUUCUGCUGACCUCUGGCGACCAUUUCGGGACCCGGCACGCCUCAACCGAGAUGCCAUGCGCACUGAGCAGGGUAGGGAGCAGAUCCGGCACAUCUUUGACACAAUCCCGACGGUACCUUGGCAUGUUUGCGUUGAUGAACACCUUCAAAUCAUCAACAAGCAUCUCCAAUCAGGCCUCCUUGAUGCCUUUGCGGGCGGUCCACGACCGCGCAAGCCGACCACUUCCGAGACCACGUGGCAGCUCCUCCAGGCAAGGCGCAUGCAACGUCGCACCUAUCGUCGUCAAGCUCUGUUACGGUCCAAAUGGGUUUUGUCACAGUGCUUUCGGGCCUGGUCUGGAGGCAAUGCCAUGUCGGCUAGAGCGAUGCAUCGCCGCAAGAAACGCCAUCACAUGCAGGCGGCCCACCACAUUGCCACUAUGCAGAGUUUGAGCCGACAGCUUCGGGAGGCACACAGGCGUGAUGAAGCUGAGUUCACGCGCCUAACAUACCAAGAUUGCCGGGAGCAAGGCCCUGUAGUCCUGGCUCGUAAGCUGCGUACUGUCAUGCGUUGUGGACGCGGAGGAGCCAAGGCCGGCAUCCCUGACGCGCUGAGAUGUCAGGGCCAAGUGCUUACGGAGCCUGGCGCUAUCCUGGAUGCUUUCGGACACCACUUUGCGAAAACCGAAGCCGCAACUCCCAGAAAGCUGGAUGAACUUUGUGAAAAAGUUGACACCACCGAUUGCUCCAGCAGCCUCCAGUUAAACGGCGCGCCAUCACUGGCAGACCUUGCAGCAGCCUUUGCGUCGCUCAAAUCUGGCAAAUCACCCGGGAUUUCCGGGAUCCCGUCGGAGGUCUACUCCAGGUGUGCGCCCCAGGCAGCCCUUUGCCAUAUGCCUUUGGUCCUCAAAGCAUUGAGUAGGAAGAGAAUGCCAACGUUGUGGACCGGCAUGAGAGCCCACCCAAUCCCGAAGCCUAAAAAGCCGAGUGACGUAUGCGAAGGCUACAGGUCCAUAGCGCUGGCCGAGCCGGCUAGCAAAGCCAUCGGCAAAUCCACUCGAGCGGCGCUCAGCCGAUGCUUUGAGGCAUGCACUUUACCCACCAUUGGUGGUGCGCGGGCCGGCUUUCCCGCAGAAAUCCCGGCGAUGGCCGCGCGCUCUCACAUAGCCACGCUUCGGCGCACUGGGCGAGCCGGUGCCACUAUCUAUGUCGACGGAGAGGCAGCAUUUUACGCAGCCUUGCGUUCCCACUUGUUUACUGCGGACGCCCACGAGCUCCAGGCCUAUCUUGGCUCUCUGCAGCUGGAGGAUGAGGUCCGGCGCCGUAUUUGCCAAGCUAUUGGCUCUCAAGGAGCAUUGGAAAGAGCAGGUCUGUGUGAAGCAAGUGUUGCUCUCCUCAAGGGGUCUCCUGUUGCCGACAUUGUGUUUCAGUUUGUCAUUGGAGCCUCGUUACAAUGUCUUGCACAACACUUGGCGGAUGAAGGCAUAGCAGCGACGGUUGAUUUUCAGCAACAGAGUGUUACGGCGACCCCUCAGUCAUGGGUUGAUGACAUCACGGUCUUGCUAACCUCUGCAAGUGCUGAGUCGGUGUAUGCUGAUACCGCCCGGGCAUCGGUUCUCAUUUGCCAGUAUUUGUCCGUCGCUGGGAUUCGUGUCAACUUCUCCCCGGGCAAAACCGAGGCCAUGGUUAGCCUGCACGGACCUGGAACUGUGCGAGCACGGAACCGCAUCAUGCUCGAAGGGGGCGGGACCAUAUCGUUUGAUCUCCCGGGACAGAAGUCUGCAAGCAUACGGUGUGUUGCGGAGUAA